CUGGUGCUGGAUGUUAGGCGCCAAGUUCUUACGUAGCGUCACAUCACGUGGUUCUAUCUUGGUUUGAGAUAUCCUUAUCAAAACAAAUAUUUCCAUCAACUUCAGCACUCAACUUCCUAUCGCGACGUACAGAUUAAGUGGAAUAUUCUACUUUAAUGGCCAAAAGUGUUAGAAGUAAACUGAAGCGUCGGUUUCGUGCAAUCAAACGUAAAAAAAGCUUUAAAAAAGUGAAGGAUCAAUUGAUGGAAUUAACUAGGAAAAAUAAAGAUAAUGAUAAUACAACUACUCCAGCACAACCGGUUAUUUCGGAUCACAUGGAUAUUGUUCAAAAGAAGCUACCCAAAGUGAUGAGUGAUGAACAUGGGACGUAUCCAGUAUGGCUUAGUAAAAGAGAACGCAAAAGCCAAAUGAGGAUGAGAAAGAUACAGAAAAGACGGUCUCGAUCCAUGAAAUCCAAACUGUAAAAUUUUUCCGAAUAUAUUUCGUCCUAAAGAA